AUGGCCGAGAUCCGUCGCAAGCUCGUCAUCGUCGGCGAUGGUGCCUGCGGUAAGACCUGCCUGCUCAUUGUUUUCUCCAAGGGUACCUUCCCCGAGGUCUACGUCCCCACAGUCUUCGAGAACUACGUCGCCGAUGUCGAGGUUGAUAACAAGCACGUCGAGCUCGCUCUUUGGGAUACUGCUGGCCAGGAAGAUUACGACCGUCUCCGUCCUCUUUCAUACCCCGACUCACAUGUGAUUCUCAUCUGUUUCGCCGUGGACUCGCCCGAUUCGCUUGACAACGUCCAGGAGAAGUGGAUCUCCGAGGUUCUGCACUUCUGCCAGGGUCUCCCUAUUAUCCUUGUCGGCUGUAAGAAGGAUCUUCGCGACGACCGCAAGACUAUCGAUGAACUUGCCAAGACCUCCCAGCGCCCCGUUUCGCAAGAACAGGGCGAGGAAGUCCGCAAGAAGAUCGGUGCCUACAAGUACCUCGAGUGCUCGGCCCGCACCAACGAGGGUGUGCGUGAAGUCUUCGAGGCUGCCACUCGCGCUGCUCUCCUGAAGGCCGUCAAGGGCAAGGGAGGCCGCAAGAAGGGUUCUUGCAUGAUUCUCUAA